CUGUUCACUGCGCAGAUCCAGCCCUUCAGUGGACUGUGCCAUUUGAUCCAUGCAGAAGAUGAUUCACGCUUUGCGAUCUGGGAAGUAAAGGCGGCGGAGGAAUCCCUCCCUCGCCCCCCUCCUCACCACCUCCCCUCCACAUCCAUAAUUCAGCAUUUGCGCUUUCUUCCUCUUCCUCCCUUAUUUUUCUUCUCCUUUCCUCUCCUCUGACUGCUAUUGCUGCUGCUAAACGUGUUUCCUCCUGUACACCAUCCACAAGCUGAAGUAUCAGUCAUCUGUAAACCGCCCAUCUGGAACUCAAGCUGCACAGGAAAUCCAGAAUGGCUUCCGGGAUUAACCUCUGCUCUUCAUAGAUCUACCCAGAAGUUCACGUCCAUGUGUACAGUCUUUCUUAGUCGGGAAAAUUCCAUAAUGUAAAUGUAUAUCGCUUUGGGUCAUGAACCUUAGAGGAUCCUCCCGGACCAUCCCAUCUAUAGUUUGGAUUUAGAUUCCUCUUUUGCUGGGACUACUGCACAGGUCUGCAGCGGUGGCUGUAGGUGGCAGCUGCAGCGGCGGCGGGAGGACCUUGCCACCUCGAAACACGGGGAUAACUUUACAAAAGCACACGCCACCAUGAGGAUAUCCACCACCUCUUGUCUGUGUCCCUUUCUGGUCUGCCUCUGUUUCAUCCAGAGGUGCUCUGGGGCGAGCCAUCACGUUCCUACCAAAGUGCCCUCCAAGAACCAGACCAAACUGGCUAAUGGGGAGACGGAGGUGCACCACAGGCCUAAGCGUGGAUGGAUCUGGAACCAAUUCUUUGUUUUAGAAGAACACAUGGGACCAGAUGCACAGUAUGUGGGAAAGCUUCACUCAAACUCAGACAAAGGUGAUGGAUCUGUCAGGUACAUUCUGAGCGGCGAAGGAGCUGGGACUAUAUUUAUCAUCGAUGAGGUGACAGGGGAUAUUCAUGCCACUAAGAGCUUGGAUCGGGAGCGGAAAACACAUUAUGUCCUCCAUGCGCAAGCAUUGGACCGUAACACAGAGGAGGCCCUGGAACCAAAGUCAGAAUUCAUCAUCAAAGUACAAGACAUCAAUGACAAUGCACCCAAAUUUCCAGAUGGACCCUUUGUAGCUUCGGUCCCUGAGAUGUCUGAAGUGGGCACAUCUGUGUUGCAAGUCACAGCAACCGAUGCGGACGACCCCACCUAUGGAAACAGUGCCAGAAUAGUCUACAGUAUCCUACAAGGACAGCCAUAUUUCUCUGUUGACCCCAAAACAGGAAUCAUCAGGACUGCCUUAGCUAACAUGGAUCGAGAAGCCAGGGAACAUUACACUGUUGUCAUCCAAGCCAAAGACAUGGCAGGUCAAGUUGGAGGCCUUUCUGGUUCCACCACCAUCAACAUCACACUGACAGAUGUCAAUGACAACCCGCCCAAGUUUCCCCAGAAAAACUACCAGCUCUACGUUCCUGAAUCAGCUCAAGUAGGGAAACCUGUAGGAAAGAUCAAAGCCAAUGAUGAGGACCUUGGCGUCAAUGCGGACAUUCGGUACAGCAUCAUCAAUUCAGAGGGGGCCAACAUGUUCUCAAUUUCUGCAGACAGAGACACGAGGGAAGGAAUCAUCAGCCUAAAAAAGCCUCUGAACUUCGAGAGGAAGAAGACCUACACGCUCAACAUCGAGGGGGUGAAUACACAUGUGGAUCCUCGUUUUUCCUAUCUUGGCUCUUUCAAAGACACUGCCACCCUUAAAAUUACAGUUGGGGAUGUGGACGAAGCCCCUGUGUUUUCUAUGGAUUAUUAUAUCAUGGAUGUUUAUGAAAACUCACCAAGUGGCACGGAGGUGGGGGCUGUAACAGCUCGAGAUCCUGACAGCAGGAACAGUCAUGUCAGAUACUUCUUGGACAGAAAAGAGGAAGGUAUAAAUUAUUUCAGAGUCGACGAAUACAGUGGAGUUAUAUAUACAACACUGCCCCUGGACAGGGAAGAUAUGCCUUGGCACAACAUCACUGUUAUGGCCUCGGAGGUUGACAAUCCCAGCCUUCUCAGUCACGUUCCUGUAACUGUUCAGGUCCUUGAUGUGAAUGACAACCCACCAGAAAUAUCAACAGAUGAGGAAGUUAUUGUCUGUGAGAGCUCAAGGCCGGGACAAGUGAUCCAGACUGUCACAGCAGUGGAUAAGGAUGACUUUGCCAACGGACAGCGGUUUUCCUUUGCUUCACCAAGCCAGCUACCAGUUAAUCCCAACUUUACCCUUAAGGACAAUGAAGACAGCACAGCCAGCAUUAUUGCAAGACGACGCCGUUUCAACCACCUGACACAGGAGCUCUACGAGCUGCCCAUUGUAGUGUGGGACGGUGGGGAGCCUUCGCUGAGCGGAACCAGCACCUUGACCCUGCGGGUGUGCCCAUGCCAGCGCCAUGGCAGGAUCCGGAUGUGCCAAGGCGAAGCAUUCCUAUCAUCAGCAGGUCUCAGCACGGGGGCCUUGAUUGCCAUCCUGCUGUGCAUCGUUAUCCUGCUGGCAAUUGUAGUCCUGUUUAUUACUCUAAGGCGGAGCAAGAAAGAGCCCCUUAUCAUCUCUGAAGAAGACAUUAGAGAGAAUGUGGUCACCUAUGAUGACGAGGGCGGUGGCGAGGAGGACACGGAGGCUUUCGACAUCAUCGCUCUUCGUAACCCGGCUGCCGCAGAGGAGCUCAAGUUCCGACGGGACAUUCGCCCAGAGGGGAGGAAACAUUGCGGCCCGCCCCGCAUCCAUCGCAGCCCGUCUGUGGAGCUGGACGAGGUGGAUGUGCAUCAAUUCAUCAAGCAGAAACUAGUGGAGGCCGACAUGGACACUAGCGUGCCGCCGUACGAUUCACUUCAGACCUACGCUUACGAGGGUCAGGGCUCACCUACAGGAUCCAUCAGUCCUUUAGACUCACCCGGCACACAUUCGGAGCAGGAUUUUAACUAUCUGGAUAACUGGGGACCCCAGUUCCAGAAACUAGCAGAACUCUACGGAGAUCCAGAGUCAGAUGUGACGACCUAGUCUGUGAUUUCAGUCUUGUUCAAACCAAAUCUGUUUGAAAUCCGUUUUUCAGAUUUUCAGUGAAGGAUAUCAACAAACAGAUAUGCUAACUGUUUCAGUGGUUUCCAACUUAUACUGUUGAACUAAAAAGGACUGCUCUAUUUUUAUUUAUUUUGUUUUUCAUUUUGUCCCUUUGGAUCAUGGGUCGUUCAUCUGGAAGCAUUAAAUCAGAUUUUGAAAAGGAAAAACAUAAAUAUGGGGAAAGGAAAAUGAUAUUUUCCUUGUUGUAUAUUUUUUAAUGCUCAAUAAAGUCCUGAAAUCCAUAUAAGUGGAUAUGUGAAAAUUUGUACAUUUGUCUUCUUCCUCCAAGCAUGGAUAUAACAGCACAGCAUGGAAUUAUCAUGGUGGGAGGCAUUACCAAAGCUAUUCAUGAUUCAACACACAGAGGAUGGUGCUGAGGCAGCCAUAUGCGCAACAAUGAAACCUCCAGCAAAAUGAGCUUACAAUGUGUUUUGUUUAUUUUAUGUGGUUGUUAGGCUGACUUCUCACUUGUUAACUAAGAAAAAGGAAAGUACUUACUUAUCCAGUUAACCAUCUAUACCCCAAUAAUGUUCGAGAGUCGUGAGAAUUCCCAAAGAAAGAAAGAAAUGGGAAAUCUGGUGAACACUAAACACCUCUCUAUUUAAGAUUUAUAAUUUUAGACUUUCAUCUCUUUCUCAUCCUAUUGUCCGUCUGACUGCACUAUGUAUUCCCUUAUCCUCUUCCUCCUUACCUGUAGCCUCAUUUCCUGAACUGAAGUCAGAAAACAGGCAUCAGCAUGCUUAAACAUGCUUAUGACCCUUCUUGCUCUGGACAGCUGACAAUAAGGUGGCUAAAUAUCAACUGAUGAUGAACCUUUAUGCUAGCUAAUGUUAGGCUCAAAUAUCCUAAAAAUCACACUUUCCUGUAAUAAGCAGAUUGAUUAAAUUCCCACUUUGUAAGAGUUUAUUUGCUAAUUCCUUGAGUCUGACAAUGUUAGAAGGUUCACUAACACUGACACAGCAUUGAAACCAAUAGAAAAGUUAAGGAUAUUCUCAGCAAAUCAUCAUUCAUAUUGGUUAAAAGUGAACUGACUCGUCGACCUGUAUCGGACUCAUUUCACAAAGUUUAACAGCCUCAUCCAGAGCAAACAUAUGUCGACGCUUCACAUCUGAGGUGAAACACUGACCAGAACAUUUAAAGUAUCUCGGGUACAAAUGUAAAACACUACAGAAUAUUUCAUUGGCAUAUCUAUUUUUUCUGUGUUGGUGUUAUUCAAGUAAAUUUAGAUAUAAGGUCUCAAAAAUGAUUUCAUAGUUGCUUGUAGAAAAUUGCUGGCCAUCCACAGCAGUUAUAGGGAAACAGAGCACAUGCGGCCAUAAAGGGGUGCAGAGGGCUGAGGUAUAUAUAUUUGCAAACAAUAAAUGUACCGUGCGUCUGCAUGUAUUCACAGUGCUUUACUUGUUCCAUAUUUUGUCAUGUUACAGUCUAAUUCCAAAAUGGAUGAAAUUCAUUUCUCACCUUAAAAUUCUACACAUACCAUAAUUACAAAGAUUAUUAAAAAAUAAAAUAAUAAUCCACAGAUAUUCACAGCCUUUUCCAUGAAAGUCAAACUCACUUGCGUUCAUCUGUGAGAUGUUUCUACAAUUUCCAGUGUUACUCUGGCCUUUUCGAAGGUUCCCCCCUCUCCACAAAUAUUUCUGCAGCCCUUCACCAAUCAAGCCUGUAUGGCAUAAUGGCCAGAUGGAAGCCACUACAUGACAGCUCACCUAAAUACCCUGGUCUGAUCAAACAAAGAUUGAACUCUUUGGUCUGAAUGCCAAGUGUUAUAUCUGGAGAAAACCAGGCACCACUCAUCAUCUGGCUAAUACAUCCGUACAGUGAAGCAUGGCAGUGGGGAUGUUUUUCAGCAGGAAGACCUGUGAGACUAGUCAGGGUCGAUGGAAAGAUGAAUGCAGCAAUGUACAGAGACAUCCUUGAUGAUAACCUGCUCCAAAGCACUCUGGACCUUGGAAGGAUUAUCUUCCAAUAGGACAACAACCCUAAGAAGAGAGCCAAGAUAACAAAGGAGUGGCUUUGUGAGCACUCUGUGAAUGUCUCUGAGUGACCCAGCUCGAGCCCAGACUUGAACCCAACUGAACAUCUCUGGAAAUAUUGGAGAAUGACCAUCCAAACUGGUAGAGUUUGGGAAGAACUGCAAAGAAGAAUGGAAGAAAUUGCUCCAAAAUAGUUGAGCCAAGCUUGUAGCAUCUUACCCAAAAAGACUAAAAGCUAUAAUUGCUGCCAAAAGUGCUUCAACAAAGUAUUAAGCAAAGGCUGUGUAUGCUUGUGUAAGUAAAAAGUUUUUGCUUUUGAUUUUUACUAAAUUUGCAAUAAUUUCAAGUAAACUGUUUUCACUUUGUCAUUAUGGUGCA